AUUUCUAAGAGGUAAGUUUAUGCACGACUCAACUCCUGAACUGCUUUUUUUUUUUUACCCUUUCUUGAAAGCUCAAAUAUGUCUUUGCUUCCUUUUUUUUUUUUAAGGAUAUUUACAGUGUGGAUUAAAGGAUGAUGUUCAGAGUCGUGUUAGCAGUCCUGCUCCCAGUAGCGGCUUAUCAGUCACCUCUGCCCACCGACUGUAGUGACAUUUACAAAGCCGGCUCAGGCCAAGACGGAGUGUACACCAUCUACCCGGCGGGCCCCACAUCUCCAGUGCAGGUUUACUGCGACAUGAGCAAAGACGACAUCGAUGAUUCCAGAGAAAAGUGGACGGUCAUUCAGAGAAGACAGGACGGCACGGUGAACUUCUUCAUGAAGUGGGAUCACUACAAAGCUGGAUUCGGCAGCGCUGCUGGAGAGUACUGGCUGGGCCUGGAGACGAUGCACCUGCUGACUCAGGCCAAGGCCUACGAGCUGAGGGUGGACAUGGAAGACUUUGAGGGUCAGAAAGUCUUCGCUCUCUACUCUUCCUUCGCCGUUGGUCCAGAGUCAGAGGGAUACAGGCUGAACCUGGGAACGUUCGUAAGGGGAGCAGCAGGAGAUUCCCUAAGUCUUCACAAUGGACAGAAAUUCACUACCACCGACAGGGAUCAAGACACGCACAAUUCGAACUGCGCCAGGCUGGCCUACGGAGCAUUCUGGUAUCAAGCUUGCUUUGGCGCCAACCCCAACGGCAUCUACACCUGGGGGCCUUCGCCACACGCAGCUGGUGUGCAGUGGAACAGCUUUAAAGGGCUGGAUUACUCCCUAAAAACCAUGAUAAUGAAGAUCAGGCCUGUGGCCGCGCAAAAAUAGGAACUGCAGCAAAAAACUUCUUCCACAGAUAUGUAGUCUGGUGAUCUCGUGCAUGUCUUUCCUUCCACAGAUUGUAAAAUCUUUGGUUGAUUAGACAUUUUUUAUAUAUAUAUUUUAUUUUUAGAGAAGACCAGAAAAUACUCAGAUAAUUAUAAUGUCUGAAGUUUGCAUUCACUUUUAAGGCGACACGUGCAUUGAUAAGUUGUGUGCUUCCCAUCAGGAUCAGACGUCUCUGUCCCUACUGCAUCUGCUUAUUGUUUGUUUAUUUGUUUAUUAUUGUUUGCACUUUAAUAAAACAUUACAGAUAAAAAGUA